AUGAAGGUGGCAUCCCUCUUCACGGGAGCCGGGGGUUUGGACAUUGGCCUGGAGCAGAAUACUGGCCUUGUCCGGCAUGUCUUCCGGCUGCUCGAGGCGGCUCUGAAGGAGAACAGGGGCGUUCCGUGGGUGCUGCUCGAGAAUGUGGAGGGCCUUCUGGACCGGAUCAAUGGGCAGCCGCCUGUGAUCGAGUAUAUCGUAGAGCAGUUUGAGCGCCUUGGCUAUGCCAGCUGGGCGCAUCGCAUCAUCAACACAGCAAGUUUUGGCGCGCCGCACCGCCGCAAGCGGGUCUUUGUGCUGGCAUCUCUACAUGGAGACGCCCGCGAUGUGUUGCUCAGCCAGGGCGUCGUGUGCAAGGGCGCCUGCCUCCAGCUCUUCAGUGGGAAGCCUUGCUACCUGUGCCACCAGGUGCAUGGCCCCGACGGCCCCGCCGACGCCCCGGACUGCACCUACGCUCUGGACCUCGCCAAUGCCCAGAGUGGGCCGGGCGUGGAUGUCGUGCCGACCUUCAAGACGGGAAAUGGGCGAAUCUGCCUCCUGCUCAAGACUGGCCAGCUGGGAGCCCUGCGCACAGAGGACGCCGAGAGGCUGCAGGGCUUUGACGAGGGGUACACGCUGCCCUGCUUCCCCGUACGCCCCCCGGGCGUUGCCCUCCAUGGGAACCCGACCCUCAAGGAGACAGAGGUGGAGCGCCGAGAGUCGCACCGUUGGGCCCUGCUGGGCAACGCGGUGUCCGUUCCAGUCGCGGCGUGGCUGGGAGAUCGGCUUGCCAACCCCCACCGCCACAAGUAUCACUUGGGGGCGAAAGACCGCAAGAUCAUGGCACCACAGACCGCCGCUCCUCUAGGAGUCCAGCGGAAGCGCCGCGCAGCCCAAUUCGAGUGGGAGAUAGAUGACACUGACAUCUACGUGCCUGCCGAGGACCUGUACGAGAUGGAUGCUCAGCAGGAGGAUUCAGGCAAGGAGGGGGGAGUGGGGGGACCGGGGUCUGCUCUGCCUGAGGCAGGCCCUGAAAAGGCGGAUUCAGCGCCACCAGGGCGCAUGGAGAAGGUUGCAGUCAUGGAGGUUGAGGACAGGGCGCCUGAGGAAGAGAAGACAUCCAAGAAGGCGCAGGUGACGGCAGCGGGCCCCUCCGCCCUUCACAUGGACGCCAAGACUGCCUGGCCGCGCGCCGCCUGGUACAUCCGCGGGCUGGGCCGGUUUGCCGCCGAGGGCGUCGGCGAGGCACCCAUCCUGACGCCGCUCACUCUCCUGGGCGACUUCAUCACCAGCGUGGGCAAGGCGCCGGAGAAGGAGGCCCUCACAACCUACUUCGCCCGCCUGCGUGAACAGGGCUUUAAUAUGGAAGAAGUCGUCAAACGAGCGCAGCAGUGCGGUGCUGCACUCAAUCAGGAGGCGGUGCGCAUCACUCGCUUGCCAGGGUACACGCCGGACGCAGCCACACUCGGCGUGCUGGUGUGGGCGCGCACCCCGGCCGGUGUUUGGUGGCCAGGCGAGGCGCUGGACCCCUUCCACAUGCCGCCCACCCGCACCAUCCCCCCUCUGGCAAGUGCAGCACUCACCAGCGCGGAGUACCGGGCGAGCAUAUACAAGCCCUCCGGCCAGCCGCCGCCGCCGCCAAUGCGCAUCGGGAGCGCCAUCGUGGAGAAUGCGGCUGUGAAGCUGGAGCCUGCAGAACCUGGCCUGACGGCCGUUGGAUUCGGAUCCGAGCCGCCGCGCUUGCCUGCCUUGCGCGACACAACUCUGCCUGGCAAGCGCAAGGCGCGGGCUGAGAUCCAAUUGCAAAUUGCUCUGUGUGUUUUGGUGGUGCUGUUUGGGGAGCGGAGCUGCAUGUGGGUGUCGCCCGCGCAGCUGCUGCCCUUCCAGCGCCACAUUCUGGAGAAGGUGGGCGAGGGCAACGAGUUGAUUGCUGCCAAAAAGAUGGCGCGCGCUGGCCUCUUCAAUCGAGCCGUGGAGGAGGCCAAGGGGCUGGCAGGGGUGAUCGCGGCAGCGGCCAAAGGGGACGAGGCUCCAGAAAAGGGCCCGCAUGAGGCGGCACUGGCGGCUCUGGCGGCGACGCGCGCGGCUGCGGCAAAUCUGCGCGUGCGCUGCGGCCGCUGCGAGGCGUGCACGGCAACACAAGGGUCCGCGCGCCGCUGCCUGGUCAACCGCGCCGCAGCCGCCGCAGCUGCCGGCCACUCCGGCGCCCAGAUCGCCAUCUUUGGAGAGGCCGCAAUGGGGGCGCGCGUGUCCGUCUGGUGGCCACUGGACGAGGCAUUCUACACUGGAUACAUAACUGCAUUUGACCCCUUGAGGCAGCGCCACACUGUGUCCUAUGAUGACGGCGAUGUGGAGAUAGUAGCGCUGUGGGCGCCGAAUCAGCUUGUACGCGCGGAGACUGACCCCUCCUCCUGGCCAGAACAGGCGCAGCGCAUCGACAACGAUUGCAAGCUGCACAAGGCGACCUAUAUGAAAGAGAAAAGGGCCAGUCGAGCAACCGCCUCGCCCGCACCCAGCCUGCCGGCACAGCCUCUGAAUGAAUUUGAGCGGCAGCGUGCCGACAAUAUCGCGCGCAACAAGAGCAUGCUGGCCGAGCUGGGCCUCUCCCGGGCCAAAAACUCCGCCGCUGCCCCUGGCUCUCCUGCCAGCCAGGGAAACACGGCCACUGCGGUGAAGGCUGCAGCUGCAUCUCUGGGUGGAGGCAGCAAGCGUGUAGGUACCAGUGGCGAAUCUGGCUGCGCGUCUCCCAAGCUCGACUAGGAAUACGGGUGGGCCUGCACACCGGUAACAUCUUCCGUUGCCACUGAAAGCUUGAGCAGCAGACGAAAUCGGCGGUUUCUAGAAAAGCUACGGGAUUACAUAACAUUUGGGCAUACCAUUGCAUCAUCCCGCAGAGGAUGCAGUGCAUGGCCUCUGACACUGCCACAGUGGCGGCCACUCGAGUGCAAUACAAUCAAGGGCUGGUAGCUUCCCGACGAGAGAAACCUCCUCACAAUGCGCGUGGGGGCAAUUGUGACUUGUAGGAAGCUAUACGAGUGACACAAGACUGUGAGUAAAUAGCCCACCCUGGUGUUAUAAUUACAGGCAGC